ACGGGGCGGGGCUCGCUCCGACCCAAACCUGGAGCUGUCCUCGCCCUUUCGGGCCGCCGCCUCUUCCCUGUGCUACGCCGCGCGGGUCCUGAGCAUCGCCUUCCAGGCACAGGUUCCCCAAGAAACAAGGAACAUGGAAGAAUCUGCAAACCAGUUGCAGCCACUGAGUGAGAAUCAAGUAGCUAACUCAGAGGGCGGCUACGUAUGGCAGGUCACCGACAUGAACCGGCUGCACCGCUUCUUGUGUUUUGGUUCUGAAGGUGGCACGUACUAUAUCAAAGAACAGAAGCUGGGCCUUGAGAAUGCUGAAGCCUUAAUUAGACUGAUUGAAGACGGCAGAGGAUGUGAAGUGAUCCAGGAAAUCAAGUCCUUUAGUCAGGAAGGCAGGACUGCCAAACAAGAGCCGCUGCUGUUUGCUUUGGCCAUUUGUUCCCAGUGUGCGGACAUAAACACAAAGCAAGCAGCCUUUAAAGCUGUCCCUGAAGUGUGUCGCAUUCCGACCCACCUCUUCACUUUUAUCCAGUUUAAGAAAGACCUGAAGGAGAGCAUGAAAUGUGGCAUGUGGGGUCGCGCCCUACGGAAGGCCGUGGCAGACUGGUACAAUGAAAAAGGCGGCAUGGCGGUGGCGCUGGCGGUUACAAAGUAUAAACAACGAAACGGCUGGUCUCACAAAGAUCUCCUCCGACUGUCCCACCUUAAACCUUCCAGUGAAGGACUUGCUAUUGUGACCAAAUAUAUCACAAAGGGCUGGAAAGAAGUUCAUGAGCAGUAUAAAGAAAAAGCGCUUUGUGCGGAGACUGAGAAGCUACUAAAGUACCUGGAGGCUGUGGAGAAAGUGAAGCGCACAAAAGAUGACCUGGAAGUCAUUCAUCUAAUUGAAGAACAUCAGUUAGUUAGGGAACAUCUGCUGACAAAUCACUUGAAGUCUAAAGAGGUAUGGAAGGCUUUGUUACAAGAAAUGCCCCUUACUGCACUACUGAGGAACCUGGGAAAGAUGACUGCUAAUUCAGUGCUUGAACCAGGAAAUUCUGAAGUAUCUUUAGUAUGUGAAAAACUGAGCAAUGAAAAGCUGCUCAAAAAGGCUCGUAUACAUCCAUUUCAUGUUUUAAUUGCAUUAGAGACAUAUAGAACAGGACAUGGGCUCAGAGGAAAACUGAAGUGGAUUCCAGAUAAAGAAAUCUUACAAGCUUUAGAUGCUGCUUUUUAUAAAACAUUUAAGACAGUUGAACCAACUGGGAAGCGUUUCUUGCUCGCUGUUGACGUCAGUGCCUCUAUGAACCAGAAAGUCUUGGGUAGUGUACUCAAUGCUAGUACUGUUGCCGCAGCAAUGUGCAUGGUGGUUACACGGACAGAAAAGGAGUCCUCGGUAGUUGCUUUUGCGUGCGAUAUGGUUCCGUUUCCAGUGACUACAGACAUGACACUACAGCAGGUUUUAAUGGCUAUGAAUGAAGUUCCAGCAGGCAGCACGGAUUGUUCUCUUCCAAUGAUCUGGGCCCAGAAAACAGGCACAGCUGCAGAUGUCUUCAUUGUAUUCACUGAUAAUGAGACCUUUGCGGGGCAGAUGCAUCCUGCUGUUGCCCUGAGGGAGUACCGAAAGAAAAUGGAUAUUCCUGCUAAAUUGAUUGUUUGUGGGAUGACAUCAAAUGGCUUUACCAUUGCAGACCCAGAUGAUAGAGGCAUGUUGGACAUGUGCGGCUUUGACACUGCGGCUCUGGAUGUAAUUCGGAAUUUCACAUUGGAUGUCAUUUAACCCUGAGUACCAGAAUGAUCUGAGAGGGGUACUGCUGUAGUGGAUUUCAUUGAAAGUACACAGCUACUUCCCAGCUAGAUGCAGUAGUGAGAAAUGUCAUCAGUAUGUGCAUGAUAGACAUGUACUUUGGCAAGAACAGGAGGAGAGGGGAGGAAGGAGACAAAUUUUGAGCCCAAAGGUGCAUGCUCAGCUAGCUCUGGAGAAGCCUUCAGGACACUGUAGCUUCCUCCAUAGAGAACUUCCUGUUAAUAGUCACUCUACAAUAGUGGUGUUUUACUUCACUGAAUCACACCUUGUACUGAAAGUGAGAUACAGAGUGUAAGUGGCCUCACGUCACGUCACUUGUAUGAGAAGUGCUUGUUUUCUUAAAUGUCCUCAUUAGAGAAGGACACUUUUACUAAUGUCCACAUACUCUGAGGUGCACUAGACCAUGUGACUGUGAUGGAAAUGAACCUCGCCAGGUCAAUUACUAUACCAGGGGGUUUAAAAAAAAAAAAAAGACAUUUGGUUAAACUAAAUUUUGAAUGAAUUUUACAAAUUCAGAGUUUUCUAAGAUCAUAUGAACAACAGCUUUCUUAUUCAAUGAUAAAGAUGUUUUCCUUCAGAUGUUUAAUUUGUACUUGUUAGGAUUUGUUACUGUUUGGCCAAAAUAGGGUGGAAAUCCCUAAGGGACAUGUUGAGUUUAUAUAGGCUGAGGAAUUUGCUAUGUAGCCUUGUGUUAGCUGAACAAGAGUGUAUCAUGCACUUCCGCUUUCCUGGGUGUUUCAUGUAUUUAAGUCCCCGUCCAUAAUCCUAACAGUGUAACAAUUAAAACUCUACUGUAAAGACAUAGCUUUUCUGAACCCUAAAAUACCUUUAACUAAUUUUCAUAUUUUUCUAAUAUUAAGUUUGUCUGAAGUCUUUUAUAUUUUUGCCCCCUAUGCAUUUUGUGUCUAGUUUCUUUUUUGAUAGAGUAGAGAAAUAAUACAGCAAGCUAGAUCCUUCGAGUUCAAAGGCAAUUUUAGAGUAGCCAUAUCAACCAAUCAGUGUAUGUAGAAAAUCUAAGAACUGGUUUUGUACAAAUUAAACUUCCUUUUCACCAUACUAAAAUACAUUCUUUUUUGAGCAAUUACAUGUUUUCACUGGGAAGCUUAGCAUGAGAAUGGCCUAUUGAAACACCAGUAGUUUUUCUCUUGAUUCAGUAGUGGUAUCUAAGGUAGUUUAUACUAAAACUCUAAUUUUUAUGUACUACUCUUUAAAUACUAAAGGUUUACUGGGGGCUUAUAAAGCCCUUCCAAAACUAGUAUGGUAGGUUACAUAACCUUUUAAGUGUUUAGGGGGAGUGAAGUUCUUUUAUUUGGAAGAUAAGGGGGCUUUGCUAGUGUGAGGAUUUGUGUACAUAUUUUAUUUCCUAAGAAAUUUAGUCUCAGAGAAUAAGAAAAUGUUCCCUUCAGAUGAUUUGACAUUAAUGAAGUUUCAUAUGUAGCCAUUCCUCCAAGACAGUAACAAAUUUUCAGUAUUAUUAGCAAAGAUAGUAUCAGCUCCAGUUCUAAUUCUGGCUUGACCACUGUCACAUCUUAACUAAUUCGGAUACAUUAAAGUUUCAUGUUCAAAUUGAAUUUAAAGUUAUAAACCCUAGUAAUUACAUGAGAUCUAUUGAAUUCUUUAAAACCAAGAUCUAAGUUUUAAUAUGAUCUAACUUAUUAUGAAAUCUACAUGGAAUAUUAUAUAAAAGCUUAUUUCUUUUUUUCUAUGCUACUUAGAUAAUGCUUUUAGGCAAGCAGAGUAUAUCUAGGAGCUAGUAUUUAACCCAUCAGAGAAAUAAGGGUCACCUCCCGGUAACCCUUCUACAGUAUAGGUAGACCUAAUUAAAUAGAUUAAGAUUGAAGCAGAGGCUGAGUGUGGUGAUGCAUGCCUUUAUUCCUGGGGAAACAGAAGCAGGUAGAUCUCUUAAGUUAGAGGCCA